AUGAGUUUUUUGUUUCAAAAAUUCUUCCAAUCAUCUAAACUUUCAACGGAGCUGAGUGACGUGGCAACUGCCUCACUUCCGAGUCCAUUGGAGCCUUCGACAGCGAUCUGUACAACUCCAAAUCAGGCGAGAAGAAUUAUUAAGACUGCUGAUGGCCAGCAAUUGGUUCUCUGUGCCGACGAUGUUAAGUAUCUGGAGGUGAUUGAUUCCAUGUUCAUCGAUCUGAAGACGUUGAAUGGAGAAGUCAAUGAAGAGCCGUCUGUUCUAAUUCCCAUUUCAAUCGAAUCCUCCACCAUGUACAAAAUUAUUGAUUGGAGUCGUUCGGCAAAGAAAACUGAAGAAUCAAAAUUGAAUUUCAGUCAGUUUUUCUCUGACAUCACCAUUAAACAAUGCAUUCAAAUUCUGGAGGCCAGCUUAUUUCUCGGUCUCACCCAUCUGGAAAAAUGUUCUGCCAAAUGGAUCGCAGCAAAGUUGGAAGGAAAAACCACAGGAGAAAUGGCUCAAAUUCUCGAAGUGCAACGUAUUGGAUUGUGCCAAGAAAGCCAGGAUAAACUCAACCGUUUCAAUCUCGCCACCCCAUAUCGCUUCGAUUAA